CUUCGACGCAGCCCUGGCUUGAUAUCGCAGCGAUGAGUCGACGCGUGGCAUUUAGCCGCCUUCCGUAAACAGUCUCGAUAGUAGCUUCUAGCUACUUCGCGCUUCACAUAGAGCGCGACCGGCCAAUAGAAUAGAUGAUUACGUUGGUUUAUCCACUGAUCAAUCUUGAGAGGCGAGAUUGCGUAUGCUUCUCUGCCUGUCCUGGAAGCGUGUAUAAAACGAGGUUUGGUAUUGUAUUUUCGAGUCUCAAUAAAGCAAUUCGAUCAAUCUCACAUUCACGUACACCAUCACCCAAAUCUAUUUCACAGUUUUUUGACCAUCUCUUUAUCGAUCCAACAUGCCGUCCAUCAGAUAUAUCAACCAAUCCGCUCCAUUCUGGGACUUCGUCGCCGGCCUCGAAGACCAGGGAACCAACCAUCCUUUCUUCGCCGCCCAUACUUCUGAAGGCGGCCACCCAGGGUGGACAGGUCCCCCUCACCACGGCUGGCGUCUCUGGCAGCAACGUCAGGAGCAAGCAGCCCAACCUGGACCUUCAAAUACUGAGAAAGACACCGCACGAGAGAGUGAUGGCGAGACCUUAGCUCCCGAGGGCGACUCGUCCGCUGCGAAGGAAAAGUCGUCGGAGACCACUCCGGAAGGCGCCCAGAACCCUGAACAUCCCCGAUGCGGUCGACGAGGAGGAUGGGGCCGUAAUGGAUGGGGUGGCCGGCGUGGUGGUCGUCAUGGUUGGGGCCGUGGAGGUCCAUGGGGUGGCCCAGGUGCCUUCAGUGUCGGCGCCGGACCUUUCGGUCUUGGACAAUUUGCGGAGAUAUUCAACUCACAACUGUUUGGAGGCGAACAAGGCGAGAAGAGUCAGGAUGACUUCACUCCCGACGCCGAUGUCUUCGAUACCGAAACGGAAUACGUCAUCCAUGUGUCGCUGCCCGGUGCGAAUCGAAAUGAUAUCGGAGUGAACUGGGAUGCGGACAAGAGCGAGUUGAGCAUCGCCGGUGUCGUUCACCGCCCGGGUGAUGAAGAGUUCUUGAAGACUCUAGCGUUGAAUGAGCGGAAGGUCGGGCCGUUUGAGAGGAAGAUUCGCUUGGGAACUCGUGCCAAUCCGGCUCAGGUUGAUGUCGAUGGGAUCACGGCCAAGUUGGAGGAUGGUAUCCUGCGCAUUGAAGUUCCGAAGAAGGACAAGGACGACUUUGUUCGUGUGCAGAAGGUUGAUAUUGAAUAGUUGUUGUGGCUGGAGUGUUAGUGUGAACCGUACAUGUCUUUCCUUCAAUUAGCAAUACCAUAGCAUCUGCAACGAAACAAUCAUGAAUCCACGCACUGUAUUGAUAUGAGACAAUGUGAUGUUCGUAAGAACAUUCCAGCAAGAGAGCCAACAGGAACAUAGGCACGAUGCGAUUGGUCCAACUUGUUUUCAAUCUGGUAGCACGGCUCCCGGUUGGCUGCAGGCGAUUCACUGUUUCAUCAUCAGCACACCACAUCUUUCAUAUGUUGUCAUUCCCGAAUCUAGGAUUCAUGCACAUGGCGAAGCUGUCAACACGUCACUGGCUAGCCCGAAACGGGGCCGUAUGAAGCUAGGAUACUACGGACAGUGGCCUG